GCUGUUUCAGCUCUUCACAUUCAGAUCUGUUUGUUUGUUUUUCCUGCAGGAUGAGUCUCACUUCCUGAAGAACAUGAAAACUGCUCGCUGCCGGGCGGCUCUUCCUCUGCUCAAGACAGCUAAGAGAGUGAUCCUGCUGUCAGGAACUCCGGCCAUGUCCAGACCUGCUGAACUCUACACUCAGAUUCAGGCUGUCCGGCCCGCACUGUUUCCACGCUUUCAUGACUUCGGCACACGUUACUGCGAUGCCAAACAGCUGCUGUGGGGCUGGGAUUACUCCAGCUCCUCUAAUCUGACUGAACUCAAGCUGCUGCUGGAGGAGUCUCUGAUGCUCCGACGACUCAAAUCAGAGGUGCUCUCACAGCUUCCUGCCAAACAGAGGAAAGUGGUCACUGUAACCACAGACGGCAUCAACUCCAGGACCAAAGCAGCCCUCAACGCCGCUGCCAGAGAGCUCGCCAAAGGAUACCACAACAAAACCCAAGAGAAAGAAGCGCUCCUGGUUUUCUUCAACCACACAGCCGAGGCCAAGAUCAGAGCCAUCAUGGAGUAUAUCUCAGAUAUGUUGGAGUGCGGACGAGAGAAGUUUCUGGUGUUUGCUCAUCAUAAACUGGUGCUGGACAGUAUAACCAAAGAACUUGAGGAGAAGGGCACCAGUUUCAUCCGUAUUGACGGCUCAACACCGUCAGCGGAGCGUCAGCUGCUGUGUGAGCGGUUUCAGGCGUCCCAGCAGAGCUGUGUGGCUGUUCUGUCCAUCACCGCCGCUAACAUGGGGCUCACGCUGCACGCGGCAGCACUCGUGGUGUUCGCUGAGCUCUUCUGGAACCCCGGAGUCCUGAUUCAGGCUGAGGAUCGGGUUCACAGAAUUGGUCAGACCAGUAAUGUGGACAUUCAUUACCUGGUGGCCAAAGGCACAGCGGAUGAUUUCCUGUGGCCUAUGAUACAAGCCAAAAUGAAUGUUCUGGAACAGGUCGGCUUGUCUGAAUCCAACAUUUCAGAGAAUGCAGAAUCUGCCAGCUUCCACAGCAGGGAUCGUCAGCAGCUCACCAUCACUGAGAUGUUCCAGAGGUCUUUCGAUGAGGAUGAGAUGCUCGCUUUGAUUGAUCAGGAUCAGUAAGAAUGACAGUAAAUUACUGUAUACGAUAACAAUGCCUCAUGGAAACACUCGGCUGCUCACUGGACUCAAUGGACACUGUUCUGAUCAAAUGUCUCACAUUUUUAUGGGAUAAAAUCAGUAAAUAAAGCCUGAAAAUCAUUCAAACUAAA